AUGUCAUCACUCCCAAAGAGGAUAAUCAAAGAAACUCAAAAACUUAUCCAGGAUCCAUGUGAUGGCAUAAAAGCGGUACCAGAUGAAAACAACGCAAGAUACUUUUUGGUAUCCAUAGAUGGACCGAAAGAUAGCGCAUACGAAGGAGGUAUUUUCGACUUGGAAUUAUUCCUUCCGGAAGAAUAUCCUAUGACUGCACCUAAGGUCCGGUUUACAACCAAAUUAUAUCACCCAAAUAUUGAUCGCCUCGGCAGAAUUUGUCUUGACAUUCUUAAAGAUAAAUGGAGUCCUGCUCUUCAAAUACGCACUGUUCUACUGUCUAUUCAAGCAUUGUUAAGUGCACCAAAUCCUGAAGAUCCACUGGACGGUGAAGUUGCAUCACAUUGGAAACAAAAUGAAUCAGAAGCUCUUGCUAAAGCACGUGAAUGGACUCAGCUUUACGCUAGACAUAAUUAA